AUGCGAGACUCGGACGCCAAGGAUUACCAGCUGUGGGUAGUGGCAGGCAAAGAGAACUCUCCUUAUCCUCUCAUAGGUCAUGAGACGCCAUAUUCAAUCAAAUACAACCAAGCCCGCGAACUGUCCAGGUCACGGUCGGCCAAUGACCUUGACAAUAUGACGGCCUUGGACCUGGACACGAUUGUAGAGAACAUCUCAGUGUCUGGCAGCAAGUGUGAGUUCUACCUCAAACAGAAACAGUCGCCAAGGAACGGCCAGUUCGAUUCGCCGCACCACAAACCAAUGAAGAAACACAAGAAAACUCAAAACAUUUUCAAUACAAUCUUUCGCAAGAAACGAGUUUUUGGCAUUCCCUUGGCAAAAAUCUGCGAUAAAAAUCUGGACCCACCAGAAGGAAUAAUUAAACUGAUGGUGCAGGUGUACCAGCAUGGACCUCAAACAUCGGGGAUCCUCAGACGUGGAAACAACGCUCUCCUGGGCAAGGAGAUUAAAGAGAAAAUCAAUGCUGGGGAUAAGUAUCACCUGGAGGAUCACAUGACCCCAACAGCAGCAUCUGUUAAUCAUAUCUCCUGA